AUGCCAGGAACUAUACAAGUUUCAGUACUGGGUCUCAUUGAUGUUCAGACAUCUUCUUCAGGUUCCUCAAACAUUUCCAUUAAAGUUGCUAUGGGGAAGCUAGAGUAUCGAACUUCGGAUUCAGGAGACUACAUUUUUCCAGUUACGAGGCUCCGAGAAAAUCUGAUUGUUACUCUGUUAGAUGUCAAUGGAAACGGAAUAUUACACAAAGAGAUAGAGACUAGAAUGAUUAUAGAGAGUGGCUUCUUGGAAGAGAAAAUUUCAUUCAAUGGCUAUGGAAAUGUCCAGUUGAAAAUGCAGUUUGUUCUCAGUGAAGAAGAUCGAAACCGCAUACGUUUCCUGAGACAAUCUGCAUUGAGAAAGAAGCACGACGAGCUCGUCAGUGUCACUUCUUUUACCAAAUCUAAAAGCAUUGCUUCAGAUCUGUCUUCUUUAAGUCCAAUGCAAACCAGAGACACAGUAGCUGCUGCUAGUCCAAUGACAAAUCAUGGUCUGUCUCAAGAAACCAAGCUUAAAAUUAGUGCAGAGAGAGAACCGGUUUCGUCAAAUCUUAUAAUGUGGAAGCCUGAAGUCAAGGAUAUAGUUGAGACAACGAAAAAUCAAGCAACUUCUUCAGAUGUUUCUUCAAGCAAGAAGCUUUCCGAGGGUAAGAAAGCUGGGACUGUGUCGUUAGUGAAGCAAGAAGAUAAAGGUUUGAGCAAACCGGAAAGAAAUCCUAAACGGAGUUCUAUGAGGCGGAGUAUGUCAGAGACAAACUUGAGCAAUGUUCGGAAAAUGAUUAGCACCUUUGAGAUUAAAGUGACUCAGGAUACCAAACUUCCGAGAGCGAAGAUUCAAACUGAAUCUUGUAAAGAUGUGGAGGAGAAAAGUAACGAGCAGUCAAAACCGGAAGAAAGGAAGAUAAGCUUCUCUGAGGAUAUGGAGAAGUCAGUUUAUAGGGAUAACAAAGAGAGAAGUGAUGAUUUAGUAACAGUUUCAAGAGAUGAAAGGAAAGUAGUUGUAGAAGAGAAGAGUCUUGAACAGAGCACUAGAAGAAGUGACUCGUUAAGCUUGGUGGUAGAAGUAAAGGAUGAUGAGAAGAAACAGAAAAAUUCUGUGCGUUUGAAGGAUUCUCAUCUUGAGAAUGCACGAGGAUCUCGUCUCUGGAUAUUUCCAGAUGAAGCAAAGGAUUUGUCUUGCGAGACAAGUUUUGGAACAAGACAUUUUGAUAUAGCGGAGGCAAAUUUGUUACAGAAGAUGGCAGAAGAAAACAUCGGUGAGAGGGGAUUAAGCUGCAGAAGUAUCACGAAAAUGAGUAGCAACAACAAGUGGAAUAACAUUGAGCGGUCAAAGAAACAGAAGUCUGAGAAUUCUGAAGAUUCAGAGAGCUCAAGAGGACCUGUUAGGCAGGUGGUGCGUGCGUUGAUCGUGGUUGGUUUUGCAGGCUUAGUGUUUUUGACACGGAAAAGAACUUAA